CUGGUGACGGUGCACAUCGGGGCUUCAAUGAAAGAGGAUGCAUGGAGCUCUGAGACGGCUGCCAGGAACAGUCCGCCCCGGCUUCUCGCACUGCGCGUCCGCUCCGCAGUUAGGGAUCGUUCCACCUGAGCCAGCAGCAUCAUGGGAGGUUCCACCUCCUCGCUCGUUGAGGAGACUGAAGGUGACGCGCCCCGGGGUGCAGCCCUGCCCCCCUCACCCGUCAUGGGAUGUCUGAGGAGCAGCCAGAGCAUCUCUCUGCCUCGGCAGCUUCCCAGACCGGGCAGACACAGAGAACGCAGUUUCUCCUCUGGUUCCAUGCCCCUGCAGAGGAGCCAGUGGGCCUGUGGUUGCUGUACUUUCCUCAAUGCAGCUGGUGCCCCACGCUGCUCCAUCUGUGAAGCCCCCCGACGGAAAGAAGACACCCGCUGGAUGUGGCAGACGACCAGCAAGCAGGACAGACGCUGGUCCUGCCCAGGCUGCACGCUCACAAAUCCCCCCGGUACUCUGGCCUGCUCACUAUGCGGCUACACAGAACCCCAAAACAGACAACGGGGCUCGUCUGAAGACCUGCCCCCUCGACCUCAGCGCUCCAGUAGCUGCUCUGGCCCCCUGAGACCUCCGUCCACCGAUGAUGACGUUAAAACCAGCCUUGUGUGGGACUGUCGGAGGUGCACUCUGCAGAACACCCCGGCCUCCAUGUCCUGCUCUGCCUGUGGUGGACCACGCAAACUUUCUCUCCCCCAGAUCCCUGCAGACGCCUUGCUCAUCCCUGAAGUCAGCGAUAAAACAGGAGUACAACAACCAGAACCUUUAGCAGGGGCACUCUCCCUCUCCAUCUCUACCCGAGGAGAGUGUUUACCUGUGGAGGCUUCAGGCUCCUCAGAGCUCAGUGCAGCAUCUUCAGGUCAUAACAAUCCUGUUCCCUGCAGCCGCAGAGAGGUUCCACCCUCUGAGGUCAGCCUCACCAACAUAAGUCCCUCUCCGUCAUCCCUCGCUGUUUCCCAUCUCUCUGCACCACCGGAGCUGCAGCCUGGGAGGCGGCUCAGCGUCCUGACGGAGGAGAUGUCGCCCGCGUCAGACGCCUCUGCGGUGUUCCCACCAUGUGCGGUCCCUGAUAUUAACAGGACAGAGGAGUGGGCGUGUCCAGCGUGCACUCUCAUUAACAAGGUGAAAGCCAAGCACUGCCUGGCCUGCCACACCCCUCAGCAGCUCAGACCAGCUCCGUCCACUAAGAGGAAAGAGAGCAUGCUUGUGGAGGCGCUGCGGCAGAGUGAUGAAGGAGAGGCCAAGGAGCUGUGGGAGAACAUUGUCAGCUUCUGCAGAGAGAACUCUGUGACAUUUGUGGAUGACAGCUUCCCGCCUGGUUCAAAGUCCGUCGGCUUCCCAGCGGACGAUAGCGUCCAACAUCGUGUCAAAAAGUGGCUUCGACCUCAAGAAAUCAACUGCUGCCACCUGAAAGACCGUGCCGUUAAAUGGUCUGUAUUCCGCACGCUUCGCCCCUCCGACAUCCUUCAGGGACUUCUGGGUAAUUGCUGGUUCCUGAGUGCCUUGGCAGUCUUGGCUGAACGUCCCGAGCUGGUGGAGAAGGUGAUGGUGACUCGCUGGCUGUGUGCCGAAGGAGCCUAUCAGGUGCGUCUGUGCAAAGACGGCUCGUGGACGACCGUGCUGGUGGACGACAUGCUGCCCUGCGACGAGAAUGGACACCUCCUCUUCUCUCAGGCCCAGCGGAAGCAGCUGUGGGUGGCCCUGAUUGAAAAAGCUUUGGCAAAGCUGCAUGGUUCCUACUUUGCUUUGCAGGCAGGUCGGGCCAUUGAGGGCCUGUCCACGCUGACAGGGGCCCCCUGCGAGUCGCUGGCCCUCCAGGUUAGUGCCACCAACCCCAAAGAAGAACCCAUCGACACAGACCUCAUCUGGGCUAAAAUGCUAAGCUCAAAGGAAGCAGGUUUUCUGAUGGGGGCAUCUUGUGGAGGUGGUAACAUGAAGGUGGAUGACUCAGAAUAUGAGUCACUGGGUUUACGACCGAGACAUGCUUAUUCCGUCCUUGAUGUGAGAGAUGUAGAUGGUCACAGGUUACUGCAGCUGAGAAACCCGUGGGGUCGCUUCUCCUGGACUGGGCCCUGGGCAGACGACUGGCCAAAUUGGCCUCCACAUCUGAAGAGGGAGCUAUGCGCCCAGCGGGCAGAAGAUGGCCUCUUCUGGAUGGACUUUUGGGACUUCAUCAGGUACUUUGACUCAGUGGAUAUCUGUAAGAUUCACUCAGACUGGCAGGAGGUUCGAGUGCCGGGGGUUUUUCCCCGUGGAGCUGAAGUCCCGGUGACAGUUGUUUCCAUCACAGUGCUGGAGAGAACGGCGGUGGAGCUGGCUCUAUUCCAGCAGGGUAGCAGGCGGUGGGACACAGCAGAGAGCCACCUCUUGGAUUUGUGCGUGUUAGUGUUUCGAGUCUCCUAUGACAGCUCUGGUGUCGUGUCGCUUGGUCGUCUGCUGGCUCACAGCCGGCGCUCUGUUAGGAGGUUUGUUGGCUGCGAUGUCAUGCUGGAGCCAGGCGAGUACGCUGUGCUCUGCUGCGCUUUUAACCACUGGCACACAGAGGACACUGAGGAGACAACGAGCUGCAGCAGAUCAGAGGAGCCCGGCUACAUGCUGGCAGUCUACAGCUCCAGACUGGUGAUGGUGGAGCAGAUAACGGCCUCCAACACCACCAUCGCCGACGCCAUCAUCCAGCUGACAGAAACCAAAGGAGAAAGGCAUGAGGGUCGUGAAGGAAUGACCUGUUACUAUCUGACACACGGCUGGGCAGGGCUCAUUGUCAUGGUGGAAAAAAAAGAGUUUGGUAUAAGGACUUUUUGA